AAUAUAUUAUUUGAGAUGGAUCAUAGUUACCACUACUCCAUAAAAAACCCGGAUUUGAGAAAUACCGGCUACAUUGUUGCAAUGGCUAAUAUACAGGACAAGCAUGAUCGAUCGACUCCUUCUCAUUUCCAUUGGAAAAUUCUAAAGUGCAGAAUGAUGAUAUUUUCAAAUUCGUCUAUUUUGGCGUGUCCAGAUAAAGAAGACGUAAAACAAGUCCAUAUCGUAUUCAACAAAGUGGGCGACGAUUACGACAAACUGAAUUUGCUGUUUAUCAAAUUCUCUUUAAGACAGGAUGGGGCUAUUCGUUCGACUACGCCAGAAAUAUUCCAGAUGUGUUUCACAUAUACUAUGACGGCGAAAAUCGCACCAACGUGGAAUGUCCUAGGUUUCGAUUAUCUCGUAAACAACAGGGAUUUCCUAACCACUAAUGGGAUACAAGAAGGAGUUAAAUAUCAAAUUGUAUCUGACGAAUCCCACACCGAUCUAACACUUAAGCCGGUGAACAUAAAUAUAAUGAAGGCAGCUGAAGACAUUGCCCCUGGUGAAUAUAUAAGGGUUUUACCAAGUUUGAACAAGGCUGUUGUAGAAGAAUGUUACAAGACCUUGCCCGAAAUAGGAAGUUUCAAGUCUUACAAAGACAUACGUAGGCACUGGAAAAACAUUCACGGCUACCGACUACCGGACGAUGAAACUUCUUAUUACAUGAUCAGGUUCUGGCGAGGAGAGCCACUGACAUAUCCAGAUAUUUGCGUGACAAGGCAUUUUCCCAUUGUAACGCCAAUGCCUAGGAAUUUACAGGAAAUAGUGCUCUCAAGAUUCGUGAGCUGCCUGAAAAGUAAAAUACCUCACUUUCUCGGUAUUCCGUUGACAAUAAAAAUUAAGGAAACCACGGAACUAAUAAAGGUGGCGGACGGAAGAACACCUGUACCUCAAACUCAGGACCACCCAAUCAGUCUGUGCACUCCAACGCAAAUCUUCGGCAAUUUAAAUAGGUACUAACUGCUUAAUGAAAUAUAAUUGCCUGCCGGUUGGGCAAAGAGAUUGAUUUAUCUAAACCAAAUUAUAAAAAAAAAAUGCUUUAUAUAUAUAUGUCUAAUAAUGAGGGCUACCGCGUUUAAUUUUGCCGCUAGGGGCGCUAGUGUAGAUGGAGGUCUUUCAAAAUGUCAAAUGCACGGAAUUCAAGCUUUUUAUCGGGAAUUUUCACUCCUUGUUCAUAAUUGUGGUAAAUCUUUGUCCAUCUCUGAUUAAUCAUGUACUGAUGUCCAUAAAAUAAAUGAAUAGAUAUAGCUCAAUAAAUGUUAGUGGUUUAAAAAAAGUGCCAACUAAAAUAUAUGUAAAUUUAAACAGGUUGAAAAAAUUGCACAUUUAGACGUUAAAAUACCUUUGUGUAUAUUAGAACGUACCUAUUGAUUUUAUAAAAAUAAGCAUAGAAGAAUUUUGAGAUCUGUUUUCUGGACCUACAUCUACAGUGGCGCCAACUGGUGAGCACAAAAACGGGAGCCCUCA